CCGCCGGGGCCGGGGCCGGGGCCGGGGCCGGGAUGGCGGCGGGGAGCCGGGAGCGGCACCGGGGCCGCUGACAAGCGGGGGCCGGGUCGCCUUCCCCCCCACCCCCCCCAGCAUGUACGGCAAGAGCAAGGGCUCCGGUGUGCCCUCGGACGGCCAGGCCCGGGAGAAACUGGCACUGUACGUCUAUGAGUACCUGCUGCACGUGGGGGCCCAGAAAUCGGCCCAGACCUUCCUGUCAGAGAUCCGAUGGGAGAAGAACAUUACCCUGGGCGAGCCCCCCGGCUUCCUGCACUCCUGGUGGUGCGUGUUCUGGGAUCUGUACUGCGCCGCUCCCGACCGCCGGGAGACCUGCGAGCACUCCAGCGAGGCCAAAGCCUUCCAUGACUAUAGUGCGGCGGCGGCCCCCAGCCCGGUGAUGGGGAACCUGCCCCCCGGGGACGGCAUGCCGGGGGGGCCUAUGCCCCCUGCCUUCUUUCAGGGACCCGCGGGCUCUCAGCCAUCGCCCCACGCCCAACCUCCACCCCACACCCCCGGGGCCCCCCCCAUGCUGGGGCCGCACAGCCAGCCCUUCAUGUCCCCUCGCUACCCUGGCGGCCCCCGGCCCCCGCUCCGGAUGCCCAACCAGCCCCCCGUGGGUGUCCCUGGCUCCCAGCCGCUGCUGCCCAGCGCCAUGGACCCAGCCGCACGCCCACAGGGGCAUCCUGGCAUGGGGGGCCCGAUGCAGCGAAUGAACCCCCCGAGGGGCAUGGCUGGGAUGGCCCCACAGACCUACGGCAGCGGGAUGCGGCCCCCCCCCAGCUCGCUGGCCGGCCCGGGCAUGCCUGCCAUGAACAUGGGCCCUGGGGGCCGCGGGCCCUGGCCCAACCCCAACGCCAACUCCAUUGCCUACUCCUCCUCAUCCCCUGGGAACUACGUGGGCCCUCCUGGGGGGGGUGGCCCCCCCGGCACCCCAAUCCUGCCCAGCCCUGGAGACUCCACCAACUCCAGUGAGAACAUGUACACCAUGAUGAACCCCAUCGGGCCCGGGGGGAGCAGACCCAACUUCCCAAUGGGACCCGGCCCUGAGGGUCCCAUGGGUGGCAUCAGCGCGAUGGAGCCGCACCACAUGAACGGGUCCUUAGGCUCCGGGGACAUGGAUGGGCUGCCGAAGAGCUCCCCCAGUAACCUGGGGGCGCUGAGCAACCCCCCCGGCACGCCGCGGGACGAGGCGGAGCUGAGCAGCAACUUCCUGAACCCCUUCCAAAGUGACAGCUACUCGCCCAGCAUGACCAUGAGUGUGUGAGCUCAGCGCCGAGGCCGCCGGCAGCCACCGCCCCCCCCCCCCACCCCGAACCCCCCCCCCCGAGAAAAAAACUCUCCAGAAGGAUUCACGAAGCCCUCCCCCCCCAACCCCCCCCUCAAAAACCAAACCCAAACCGAGGCAAAAAGGCAGAACUGAGACUCGCUCACAGGCCAGGAGGGUCCUGUGCCCCCCCCCCCCGCCAUGGGUAAGGGACCCCCUCCCCCCCCCCAGCACUGGGACCCCCCCACAUUGUCGCUGCCCCCCCCCAGGUUGGAGGCAGGUACUGAGUUGGGGUGCAGUAAGGAGGCUCUGGGGCUGGCUUUUCCCCCCCCCCAUCCCGGGUGGUGCCAGACUUGGGGGGGGGGGGGGAUCUGGGGGGCAUUUUAUGGCACUGUGCUCCCCCCACACACACUCUCGAAGUGGGGAGGGGGAUUUAUUUGGGGGGGGGGGGUGUUAGUUCAUGGCACUGAGCCCCCUCCCCUCGCUGCCUGGCAGUGGUGCCAGCAGCACCCCCACACCCCCGGCACGGGGAGGGGGAUUUUAUUUGGGGGGGGGGGCCCAGCACUGCCCUCUCCCUCAUGCAAUUAGCUUGAAUGCUAAUAAGCCAAGCCCCCCCCCCCCCGUCUGGGAGGGUCUGACCCCCCCCCAGGUCCUGCAGUGCCCUCCCUGCUGGGCAGUCUAGGGGGGGGGACAUAGCCAACCCCCAGCCCCCGAGGUGCGGGGGGGGAGGGAGGGAAGAGGAGGGAGCAUAUUGCCAGCCCCCCCCAGUGCAAGUGCAGACCUCCCCCAAGCCAGGGGUACCCCAGGCUAGGCGGGGGGGGGGUGGGGGUGUGAGGGGGUGGGGGAGAUGCUAAGCCAUAGUGUGUCCCCCUCCCUCUGCACUCCUGCCCCCUCCCCAUCUCCUCCCCCCCCCCCCCCAAGCGCUCUAUAGGGCAGGCCCCAGUGCAGAGAGCAGCCCCCCCCCAGCCCCGGGGUGAGGGGAGGGGUCCCUGGCCCCCAGCCCCAGUCUGUGUGCUCAGCCAGCACUGUGAUCCCCAACUCCAGCUCCCCCCACCCCCGAGUGCCAGACCGGGGCCCUCCCCCACCCCCCCCUACCUUUGCCCCCCCCCGCCCAAGCCCCCCCCUGUACAAUUUUACUAUGAAGGACAUUUUUUUGGUGUGGAUUUUUGGUUCUCUUUUUUUUUUCCUCCUCCUCUUUUAUAACAGAAAGGACCUCAAACUGCCCCCCCUCAGCCCCCACACCCCCCUCCCUCCCCCCCAAACCAACCCUGCGCCCGGGACCCCUCCCUCUGUACAGCCCCACACCGAGAGGGGACCCCCACAUUGUGCCCCCCCCCCCCCCGCCCCUGCCCCUAGGGGUAGUGCCCACCAUAGACGUAGUGGUUCUGUGUAGGGACCCCUCCCCCCCCCCCCCCAGUUUUUAGUCCUCAGAGCCUUUAGUGCUUAUGAAAAUAAACUGGGGGGCACAUCCCCCCCCCCCCAAUACCAAAACACACAACCCCCAGCCCCCCCCAACAAAAACAAUUCCCCCCCCCAUCAAUAAAUGUAAUUUGAUUCUUUUGCAGAA